AUGGCAGGUAUAGAUUGGUAUUACAAUUUUAUGGCGAGACACCCCAAUAUAUCACUUCGCAGACCAGAAGCUACUUCAAUAAAUAGAAUCACAGCAUUUAAUCAAGAAGAAAUAGAUAUAUUUUUUGAAAAUUUAAAAACACUCAUGGUAAAAUACCAAUUUAAGUCAAAUUCAAUCUACAAUGUUGAUGAAACGGGGAUUAGUACUGUACAACGAAAUUCCAGGAUUCUCGCACCGAAAGGUUUAAGACAAGUAGGUAAAUGUACUAGCGCAGAACGUGGUUCCUUGACCACAGUUAUAAAUUGUUUCAAUGCUGGAGGCACAUACAUUCCCCCAUUUUUUAUAUUUAAAAGAAAGCGGAUGAAUGCACUGCUUAUGAAGGACAGUAACAGUAACAUGGUAGCUUGUGUUUCUGACUCAGGCUGGAUAACUGAAUCAAUUUUCGUUGAUUGGCUUCAGCAUUUCAAAGCAUUUGCGAAACCAUCUGCAGAUGAACCUAUUUUGCUUAUACUGGACAACCAUGAAAGGCACAUUAGUUUGAGAGCUCAUGAAUUUUGUCGCAAGAAUUUUAUACAUGUUUUAACUUUGCCUCCUCACACAUCCCAUAAAAUGCAGCCUUUAGAUUUAACUUUCCAUGGCCCACUAAAAACAGCAUAUAACAGGGAAUGUGAAUCCUUCAUGGUCAACCAUCCAGGAACCAAAAUUACGGCAUAUGAUGUUGUAGGCCUUUAUACAAAGGCUUUUAAUAGAACGACAAGUAUUGAUAAAGCUAUGAAUGGCUUUAGGUCUGCUGGAAUUUGUCCAAUGGAUCGAGAUAAAUUUAAAAACACUUUUGAAAGUUUUGGUGAUAUGUUUUCAUCAGUCCCUCCUCUUGAACAACGGAUAAAAACAAAUACCAACAAUUCAAGCCAAAAUGAGUCCCAGAAUGAAUCUCAUGUUGUCUGUGAUGCUGCCAAUCAAAAUAUUUCUAAUCCAAUAGAAUUUCAGGAAAUAUUUCAACUUUCCAAUAAUGAUGCCAACCUUGACGAUUUAAACGAAACAAUACCUACGUCUGCAUUAGUGGAUGAUGUUAGUGAAGCUGGUGUUAAUCAAAGUAUAACAAGUCAAACUUGUCCAUCUGCCUUAGUACCACUUAGUGAUAUAGUGCAAGUUCCAACUAUAAAACCUACUCGUACAAAACGAUUAGUUAAAAAGAAACACUCCAUUAUUUUCACCAGCACACAGGAAAAAGUAAACCUAGAGCAAAAAGAACAAAAGAAAAUAGAAAGAAAGAGAAAGAACCUAGAACAAAAGAAGACCAAAACUACAAAUAAGAGACCAAAACUGACUAAAGAAAAACGACCAAAAGAUUUAAGAAACUUAAAAAAAAUUGAAUGUGAUAAAGAAAAUGAUGAAUAUUUCUGCAUUUAUUGCCAGGAAAAGUAUUUUGACCCACCCACCGAAGACUGGAUUAUGUGUUUAAAAUGCAAGAAUUGGGCACAUGAAAAUUGCAAUACGACUUGUGAUAAUAAUGCAUGUUCACCUUCCCUACUAAAGAACGUUGAUAAUCUGGAUGAAAUCUGUAUGAAUAUACCAACUGUUUCGCCACUUACGGACUUAGGUAGUUUUCUUGACAUUAAAUCCUAUGCCGACAAAGAAAAUAAUCCUCCCAAUUCCGAGAAUGGGCAUUCUGUUGGUAAGGACUUUUCGCCCGAUGAUAGUAGUGAUGAAUAUCUGCCACCUCAACAACGUGGUACCAGAAACGUUAAUUUGUCUUCGUCUUCAUCUAAUUUAGAACUGAAACAUUCGCCAACACCAAAAAAAGGUAAAAAACGAAAUAAAAACCCACAGAUAUGGAAGAAGAAUAUAUCAAAACAACUGAAAAAUUCUGGAAAAGAAUACAUUUCCCACACCGGAAAAAAGAUUGCAAGUAAACUAAUAAGACCACCAUGCGACUGUAGAUUACAAUGUAGGAACAAGUUUUCAGAGGAUCAAAGAAAGGAGAUAUUUAAAAGUUAUUGGAAUUUGGCAUCUCUUCAAAGACAGAGAGAUUUUUUAUGCGCGUGUAUAGAACCUAUAAAUAUUUCAUGUCGUCGUAUAAAGAACCUAGACAAACCUAGAACACCUAAUUGCUCAUUUUCAUUAUUAAUAACGGCAGUAAUGCCAGUACCAAUAGGUGAAUCGUCUGCUUUCUACUACAAGUCAAAACACAACUGCUUAAAUUUUACUAUAUCUGAUUUAAAGAAUAAAACAACUGAUUGUUAUUUUUGGCAUGAGGGAUUGGGCAAUCGUGGUGCAAUUGAAAUAGGUUCAUGUGUUUUUAAAUUUUUAGAAAAGAUUGCCCUUGAAAGUCCCAACAAU